CAGAAAGGUGCUUAAUUCAGUACGGUGUGGAGGUAUUUUCGUAACGCUUCCCGAUUUUUAUAGUUGUGCCUCUCAAAACAAGGGAUUUUCAAUUUAAAUAGUUUUGUGAGUUUUUUGUUUAAAGUUUCGCGUACCCGCCGCUGUACGAUCGUGCAAAAUCCGCAUUGUUUUAUUCGGAAUAGAUUACGGCCCAUUAUUUUUACCUUUAGAUCAUAACAAAAAAAAUAAUAAUAAUAAAUAAAUAAAAGUUGUUGUCUGUCGAAAACAAUUAAAACAAAACAUGCUUGUUUAUCAUACCUCGUAGCGCAUCCCUUUUAGCAUAACUACAACGGUGGUUUGAAUUAACAAAAUUACUCAAAAUAAUAAACAAUAAAGUCUUACAGGCUAUGAUUAUUUUAAUUUGAAAAACCUACAUCGCGUAGCAUAACUGUGAAGUGGCCUAUGAAAUUCCUUAUUUAAAGUGCCAUAACAUAGAAUUUUAAGUGUUUUAAAUUAAACUUGUAUAAGUAAAAAUAUUAUGUUCUGCAAAAGUAAAUAGAAUGGUUUCAGGUAGAAUUUAAUCCAGAAGAAAAAAAAGAGUCUUUAAAAAGAAGUAAAGUGUCUUUGAAAUAAUAUAAAUAACGGGUGUUGUGUGACAAUCAAGUACAAGUUCAGCUUGUACAAGCGAACAAAAAGGAUAUAAAAUAAAAGAAAAAACAUUCGCAAAUAGUGCAAAUACUUAAUUCGGAUAAAGUUCAGCAACAUGCUCACCAUGGAAUCGGAUAUGAAAGGUGGCAUUUUGCAUGCCACAAUGCCCCCACAUCAUGCAUCCGCUGGCCUGCAUGGACAUUCAACUUCACCCUACAGUGCAUUGGGGCCUCUCGGCAUGAUGAACUUAGGACAAUCACAGUUGACGCAAUCGCAUUUGACAAACCAUCAUCACCAUAUGACCUCGCAUCAUAUUUCGUCAAGUAGUAAUACGCCUGGAAGUGGUGGCAGUGGCGGAAGCAGCACAGGGAGCAAUGGAAGUGGAUCAGUAAACACUCUUCAAUCUAAUUUAGGCAAUUCAAUAAACAAUAAUUCAAACAAUGGCGUCCAACAACACGUUAGUUCGCAUGGCUCCCCGCUUCAUAGUUCUAGUGGCCUUAGUCCAACGCAAUCUUCGCACAAUAGCGGAGGUCAUCAUAUGACUUCGCCUUCGGGCCAGUCGCAUCAUCACCCUCACCACCUUUCGUCAAUGUCUCAAGGUGGUAUGGGCAGCAACGGAAGCAAUAAUGGCUCUGGUAACGUUAACAAUAACAACAAUUCAGCAACUGCUAAUAAAAACCAACAAAACGCCGAUCGUGUUAAGCGGCCAAUGAAUGCAUUUAUGGUUUGGUCUAGAGGCCAACGUAGAAAAAUGGCUUCAGAUAAUCCUAAGAUGCACAACUCUGAGAUCUCUAAACGGUUAGGUGCCCAAUGGAAGGAUCUUUCCGAGGCAGAAAAGCGACCGUUUAUAGACGAAGCAAAGAGGUUACGAGCUGUUCAUAUGAAAGAACAUCCCGAUUACAAGUACCGACCAAGACGCAAAACAAAAACGCUAACUAAAAAUAAAGAAAAGUACCCACUUGGAGUAGGUUCGCUAUUACAACCGUCCGAAUCGAAUUCAAUGCGCAAUACAUCUUCCAUAUCAGCGGUGCAACAGGCUGCAGCAGUUAACAGGGACAUGUACCAAAUGACGGCGCCGAACGGAUAUAUGCCAAACGGCUAUAUGAUGCAUGAUCCAUCAGCAGCAGCCUACCAAACUCAACACAGUGCAUACAUGGGUAACUAUCAUCGGUACGAUAUGGGUCAAAUGCAUCAAGCAGCCGCCGCCGGAUCCCUCAACUCGUAUAUGAAUGCGGCGGCUUCGACUGGAUAUAGCAUGUAUGGCACUGUUUCUGGUGGUCAGACUUCGCCAUAUGGAAAUUUGCAACAACCCAGCUCCCCUUAUAGUAAUGUCCAACAACAGCCGGGGUCACCAUACGGCCUAGCUGGUCAACCUGGUUCACAAUUAUCCUGCCAAAGUCAUAGUCCCAGCGAUUCCAGUAUUAAAUCAGAGCCUGUUUCGCCCAGUCCUAUGCACAACUCGUCACAAGGUUCAUCGUCUGUAAGCACCAAUAAUAACCUUAUAAUGAAACGAGAAUACGGUUCCACCCAACAGCCAUCGGAUCUCAGUCACCUCAUGAACAUGUAUCAUGUACAAGAUGGUAUGCAGGCUACAGCUGCGGCGGCAGCAGCAGCGGCAGAACACCAACGAAACCUAAUGCACUACCAAAGCAGUGUGUCUCCCGAUUUACAACAGCAACACCAACAUCAACAAUCGAUGAGAACUAUGGCCCCCCUCGCCCAUAUGUGAGAAAUAGCCACAUGUUUCGAUCAGACGUCAUUGGAUUCAAACUCAGCUCCCUCAGCCUCAGCCAAUUCUGCCACAAGCCUUCACCAUCACCUGCAUCAGCACCACCAACUCCAUCAGCAACAUAACAGCCAAAAUAGUCACCAACAUCAGCUCCUUCAUCAACAUGGUCACAGUCAGCACCAUCAUCACCAUCAUCUUCUCAAUCAGACGUCUGUUUCGACUUCCUCUUCAGCGUCUUCAGUAUCUUCACUGAGCAGUGGCAUUCCUAGUGAAAUGAGCGGGCCAGGUAGCCACAAUUCGCUACUUAUCAAUUAUGUGAAUGGCGCCCCAAACAGCUUGGUGACCAAUGCUAAUGGUCGUACUUCGCUUUCCGCAGCAAGCUCACCAGUUUCUGUCUCCCAUCAUCAUGGAUAUAUGACAUCUCCUGGCACGCUCUCUACUACUUCCACUGUCGGCAUCGUAUCCUCACCUGAUGGCGGCGGCAAUUCUGUCGUUGUUAUGUCCAAUGGCCUUCCCGCACUGCAUGAAUCACCAGGACUCUUGGAUAUAUCCACUUUGUAAAUUAUUUUCAAUUUUAUAUAUAUAUAUUAUAUUAUACAUAAAUUACGAAAUAAGAUUUUAUUAAACAAAAAAAAAACACAUAGGUAUAUUAAAAAAAAAAAAAAAAACAAAAAGACACAAAAAAAAACUACGGAUAAAAAGAUAUAAAGUUCAUCUAAGCACAACUUUCUGUAUCUCAAACUUCUCGUUAUUAAUUUUUCAUUCAUUCCCUAUGAAACAUUCCUUCUUAAUUAAAUAUUGAAUUAAUUAAUUAAAUCGACAUAUAAGUAGUAGUCUAAUAUAUUUUUUAUGUUCAUGCAAAAAGAGACAGAAAAAUUAUAAAGAGUAUUGAUUUCGCGCUCCGAUUACACACCAACAACAAUACUGGUAUUGCUUUCCUUCCUGCCUUGCUAUAAAUAAUAUAAAUACUUGUAAAUAAUUGUUAUCCUUUUAAAUUAUAUAUAUAUAAAAAUUUUUCUUUUUUAAUCGCAUUAUUAUUUUUUACUAAAUUGCAAAGAAAAAAUACAAAAAAAUAUAACAACGCAACUAUUAGCAAAGGAAAGUAAUAUCAAUUAUUUAGGAAGCGAACUGUGAAGAAACGUGUGAUAAAAAAUGAUUAUAUAAUUUUAUUUAUCUCUGAUUUAUCUAUCAUUUUGUUUUGUAAAAUUUAUAACUAAAAAUUAUUAUCAUUAUGCAAAAAAAAAAAUAAAUAGCAUGGAUAACAAUUAAGGUGUGUCUCGCACCUUUUUCAAUUUAGUUUUAAGUUAAUUAUUAUAAUAAUUAUUAUUUUUUUUAAGUUAUAUUUUAUAUAGAUUAUAUUUUAUUAUAUACAUACAUAUACACAUUUCGAAAUAUCUUUCGUUGAAGAGAGAUGAUAGAAUGACAAAAACUUCAAAUAAAAAAAAGAACAAAUAAUAAUAUUAUUAAAAAAAUAUAUUUUCAAAAAUCUGUUUUUAUUUUUAUUCUGUGGGCGAAUUUUUUUUUUUUAAUUUCUAUUCUGUCUGUCUACUUCUGGUCAACUUUGGAAACGGAUUCAUUAAUUCCAAAAAAAAAAAAGAAAUAUUAACGUCUUCCGACGGUAUUGCUGGUAUUUAAUCAAAUUAAAUCUUGAACUUUUUAAAUAAGAUAUAUUAUGUUGGGGACAAUUAAAUUGAUAUUGAAAAGCUAACCCGACGGUACUCAAAAACUAUGAAAUUUUAUAAACCAUAAAAUGUUUGGUGAAAUAAAUAGGCUUACAAAACUAAAACCUACAUAUUUUUGUUGUUUCUGCUGUUUGUUUUUUUUUUUUAAUCAUCAACUUAGGGCAAACAGUUUUUUAAUUCUGAGUGUUAAUUCUAUAAAAAAAAGUUUACUUCAGUUGCUGUAGUUAGAAAGCAAAUUUAAACAUCCAUACUUACAGAUUUCUGUGAAAGUGAUAUAGUUUAAACUCCUCUUUUGCUUUGGAGGUUUCUAAGAUAUCGUCGGUUGACACAUUUUCAGUUCUGUGUCAAUUAAGAGUAACUUAAGUAAAAUACAUUUUUAAAAUAAAUGUUUACUUAAGUAAUUUACUCCAAGUUUAAAACUAAUUUUUAUUUUGCAAAUGAAUCCAGUUAAACUAAUAAGAUUGUUAAUUGUGCAAACGAAUUCAACUCCAGUUGACACAAAAACGGAGUUCAUCAGUAGAAGGUGAAAUCAUAAAAUCCUAACAAACUUAUAGAAUUAAACAAAAAUUAACAGAAUUUUCUGAUAG